GUACGUUAGGAGGUAUUGUGCAUUUGACAUCUUCAACAUAAUACAUGUAGGUGCAUUAUCCACAGGUCAACUAAUCUUCAUUCUUUUGAUCAACGGAAGAAUUCAGGCAGCAUCAGUAUGAGUUCAGGAUUCUCAUCUAAAGUUCCCGAUUGCGUGGUCCAGACAUGCUACGAGUAUGAAGGCGUCAUCAUGCCCAACAUAAUGCGCAAGGAUGUAAUAGAACGCGUCAGGAACUUUGAGUGUCGACCUGAUGAUCUCUUCAUAGUAACCUAUCCCAAGUCAGGUACAACUUGGACGGAGCAUCUGUGUAUGCUAAUUAAACAUGACGGUGAUGCCAGCCAGUUAGGGGGCGUCCAUCUUAUAUUGAAGGUUCCAUUUCUUGAGAUGUUACAGGACCGUAAUAACAUUUCCACGUCACCAGCAUAUGUUGAUUUGGCCGAGAAGAUGCAGUCUCCAAGGAUGCUCAAAUCUCACUGUCAUCCACCUUUCUUACCCCUGGAUAUCCGAACCGAUGAUCCGAAAGCAAAGGUUAUUUACGUGGCCCGAAACCCAAAGGAUACGGCUGUCUCCUACUACCAUUUCUGCCAUUAUUCGUCGGUUCUUCCAAAAUAUGAAUCUUGGGAUGUUUUUUUUGAGGAGUUCUUAGCUCAUAGGGGCGAGACGGUGAAAUUCCAAAUCUCGUCUUCUCGACUUCUCGGAUACGAGAAGGCGAUAAAGCGAGAUUCCAAACCUCGUCUUCCCGACUUCUCGGGUAUGAGCAGAUGA